GACCAAAGCAAGGGUCCUCUUUCAACUUCACCUUGUCCCGACCGCGGACUUUCUGCCCUCGUCGUCACGUCACCAGCGUAGUCGGGGCCUGCGGAGAACGUGCCUGCGCGACCAGGCACCGCCCAAUGACAGUCAUCGCACCGCCUCCGCCAGCAUGCAGUCACUCCCACACGUCCCGGCGAAGCGGGAUGCGCCAGAGGAGCAGCGGGCCGCCGACGAAGACGACGAGCGCUCGCCCAAGUCGCGUCGCCGCGCGUUCUCGUGCAUCUCGUGCCAGCGCCUCAAGUGCCGCUGCGACUACGACUAUGCGCUCCAGUCGUGCACACGGUGCCACAGCCUGAGGACCAAGUGCUCCCGCAAGGACCCUCCACCGAGGAUCCCGGAGACCAGCAAGGAGACAGACGCCAAGUUUGCGCUGCUGGAAGACAAGUACGCUGUUUCUCCUUCUUCCAUUCCCAAGUCUUGGUCGCUGUUCUACCGGGACAAGGAUUGACGCGGAGCCACCUCCCUCCAGGCUGCAGAGACACGACGAAGCACUCGCCGAGAUUGCAGACCUCCUCCGGAGCAUCAAGGCACACCAGCAGCCGCCC